AAUCGCAUCCAUGCCUGCAGCUGACAGCGAAAGUUGUAAACGCUUUCUGGGCUUUCGGUGCGUGUUUUUAACCCCUGAGAGACAAAACAUAUCCAGUAUACCUCCACUACAGUUCCUCCAGUGAACCGGGGUGAAGCUCUCUCCAGUGCCCGUCCCGCAGAGCAGAUGUCCGGCUUCGACUUCCACCUGGUCCCGGUGGACGGUGGCGGCGGGGGUCCAAUCCACCUGCCGCCUGGGGAGACGGUGUUUGGCAGAGGUCCUUUACUGGGAGUCAGCGAUAAGAGGGUGUCCAGACUUCACGGGCUGCUGGAGAACCUGAACGGACAGCUGCGUCUCAAACCGACCCACAUGAACCCGUGCUUUGUUCAGUCGUCCCUGACCGACGACCCCCGACCUCUGCAGAGGGAUUCCUGGUACCCUCUUCAUCACGGAGACUUGUUCUCUCUGCUGCCGGGGCAGUUCAUCUUCCAGGUGGUGGCCGUGGGUGGAGAAGACCGCACUCCCAGAAACAGGCAGAUGUUUGAAGAAGAAGAGCGUCCCGUUUCUCCCGAGCCAGAUUUCGAGCCACCUCCUCCUGUUAAACGGUCUUCUCCGCCUCGCCAGGAGUCGAUACCAGCGGCUCUGUCCAACCAGGAGGAAGCCGUCAACAGAAGCUCGAACAAGAGAGACUCUGCACGUCCAAAAGAAGUUCAGGACGACCAAAGGGACGUCGCUCCGUCUGUAACCAGGAGAAGAGUUUUACCUGCGUGGAUGAUGGCGGUUGUAGCAACGGCACAGGGUUCCUCCUCCUCCAGCCCAAAAGUUCAGUCAGCUGUAAAGAGAAGGAAAGGACCUUCGACCAGCACUAAACCAGCAGCAGCCAAACAGGCCACGCCCACCAAGACCUCCUCACCUGAGGAGGCGGAGCUCAGCGAGGAGGAAAUGCCGAGGAAGAGGAGAAGGAAGUUGAGUGAUGAAGAAGAGGAAUCGGCUCAGUCUAAAACAGAUGUCUCUCCAGAGAAGAGCUCAGUCAGACUUCAGAGUGAAUCCAAGAGGUCGGAGGUGAGCGACGAGUCUGACGGCUUCACCAUGGAGGUGGAGGAGGAGGAGGACAGAGGAGAGUCGUCUACAGCUGACCUAGACACCACAACACCGACGAAUGUGAUCGCUAAAUCUAAUGACGAUGAGGAAAAGAAGCAGAAAAACGGACGACAACAGCCUAAAGGAGUCGGGUCGAGCAGCGUCUCUGCGACCGGACCUCGACUCAGAGCGCCGUGUCCGUACGGGAAGAACUGCUACAGGAAGAACCCGGUCCAUUUCCAGGAGUGCAGUCACCCGGGUGACACUGACCACGAGGAGGAGGAGGAGGAGGAAGAUGAGGAGACGCAGGAGGCAGAUCUGCCCGAGUGCCCCUACGGCACCGACUGCUACAGGAAAAAUCCUCUUCACGGGAAAGAAUUCAAACACACAAAGAAACCAGCUCGCACCACACGAACCGUCCACAAGAAGCCCCCCGCUGAGGACGAAGACGAGGAUGACGACUCUGGGGACGACGACGGCUUCAUCAAUGACGACAGCGAGGACGCGGGCGACGACUCCGACUACAUGCCUCCCGUCUCCGAUGACAGCGGUAAGGAGGACGUCACGGGACUGCAGAAGGAAGCGAAGGCCUUCAUGAAGAGGAGGAAGUAGAUUCAGACAUUUUUUUUUAUGAAUUUUUUUAUUAUUUGUUCGUUGCAGGUGUGAAAGAGUCAAAAACAAAGGAAAGGACACUCAACAUCAAUGUCUAUAUCCGGUAAUCACGACCCGGUUACUCAACAUAAUCCACAGACCUUAUUGAGGUUAGUUUCAUUUAGGGACUAUUUUCUUCCCGCCAACCGUAUCACUGCACAGAAGAAAGCGUCCAUUGAUGAGAUGCUUUUGAAAUCACGAGACGUGAACAUUGAUUGCGUCCUCCUCGGGUGAGCUGUAACGUUAGCUAGCUAAUUCGUGCUAGGUGAGUUAGCAGCAUCGAGUAUAGAUGAAUGCUUUAUUCUGCGCAGUGAAUCGGUUGAAAGAAAGUAGUUCCUACAUGAAACCGGUCACAACAUGGUGUGUGGAUUAUCUUGAGUAACUGGGUCAUGAUGUCUGGAAAGAGACAUCGUUGUUGAGUUUUUCAAAGGUUUUUUGGGGGCUUUGAGCACCUCAAGCCGAGAGUCUUCUAAUCCCAAUAAAUUAGAGAGAAGGCGGGCUGAUAUCUCCAAGUUGAGGCAACUCACACCAAAACAAUCAAGAUUGAUCAAUAGAACUACGGGUAAAAGGACAAAUACAUGUUUUUUUUCAAUUAUGUGUUGAAUUGUCCCUUUAAAAGCCGUGAAUUGAAGCUUUACAAGAGCAUCCAUUUAAAAGUGAAUUACUAGCAGCACUCGUCUGUUUACUGACACCCCAUUUAAAGAUCUCUGAGUAUGAUUUCCUUUCUCUACGGUCGCUUUCAAGCUGCCGACGUGCAAAAGCCAUCAGGUGUCCUCGCCAAGGUGUCGUCAUGGUAACCUCAAACACAACAGUGGACUGCAGUAAUUCAGGCUGAUUAAAGAAAAUAGGUUUUGUUGUAUGAAAAGCAUGCCUCCAGCAGCUUUAAAAUGCAAAUUUAAAAUGAGGAAUGUUCCCAGGACAUCGGCUCAGGUUGUUUACUGAAGAUACAAAGCACAGAAGUCGAUACGUCGAACCACUGAGUGUUUCUUUGUGAACGACUGAAAACGCUGUGACAGAGAUACAGUAUUUAUGCAUUAGUCCAAACUGAAUGAUUUUUAUUUUCUAAAAUGUAUUUUUUCGCUUGGAUUUUAUUCCAGAUAAACGCUUCCAGUAAUUCCGUUCCUGUUUGGGAUUGAUUCUUCUCAUGUAAAUAUGUAAAAAUGAGUUUUAGGAGUAGAUCUUUUAUAAUUGUUACUCUAAUUUGUUGCACUGUUUUUCUUACUUUGUUUAAAUACAUUUGAUGAAGACAAAGUAUUUUCUGCCUUUUGAUUCUAUAGUGUUAUUAUGAAAGUCAUUCUAGUGGAAAAUACUACAUUUGUUUCAUUUUAUAUAGUUGUAUUUACUUAUCAAUGUCCUAAAAGGCUAAUGUUUAGCAGGCUUAAUGUUCACCUUCUUAGCUUAGCGUGUCAGCAUGCUAACAUUCGCUAAUUGGUAGGGCUAAACGAUAAGAGGAAAUUAUGCGACAACAUUGAACAUUGCAAUGACGAUAUUACUUGUGAUACAUA